GGUAGUGCUGCGCCUCUGCAGGACUGUCAAGCUCCGAGCGGCUCCUGCUCACUGCGCCUAGCAGCAAGCAACAUGAACGAAGAGAGGGAGGGGCAGACAUAAAGCAAGCAAAUCGCCUCCGUGAGAAAAAAAAAAUUACGAACCUUCUCGUACCCCAUUGUAAUACCAGCAUUGCUGUUUAUUUCGGUCUGAUUAUGGUGCGUUUGAUUAAAGCAAGACAACAGGGCGCGGUUUAGAAUGUAUACACGAUUUUUGUGAGUUGGGGGAGAGGAAUUCGUAAAUAUAGGACCCCCUCCUCCCCUUGUUGCUGCAGCAUCUUUUCAGCGUAAUUUCAAAGGGAGAACACAACGACGCGCUUAUCAACGCAAACGAUGUGUAGUAGUAGGCUACAACUUCCUACGGAUUGCUUGGCUUGGGCAUCACAAUUGAGGAUUGAGAGGAGUAUCGAUCGGUCAGUAAAUAAAUAAAUAAACUGGCGUGUAACAGUGCUUAAGAUGACCCUGUAGUCAUUGCCGACUCCAGGAACAGAAUCAGCGACGGAGAACGGAAUACAAGUCUGUUUUUUUUUUUUUUUACAAAAAAGAGGAACAUUUUGAAAGGGAAAAGGUCUCGAUGAGGGCACCGGGCUGUGCUCAGACCCACUGGUGCUGUCCGUUCAGCACCACUGCCGUCACCUUGCGCUGAAUGUCAUCAGGCGCUGAGAAUAAUUUCCUAGUCGACGGAUCUGGGUCUGGGUCUGGGCUUUUAGUGCCAAGGAAAACGCAUUUUCAAUUUUCUUCUGUGUUUUUGGAAAUAUGAUUGUUUUUUACGUUCUAUUUUUCGUGAUAUUGUGUUUAGUGGCAACAUUUUAGAUAUGUAUGUUUUCCUUGUGCUUCUGGCAGCAGCUACACACCGGUGAUCACUUGCUAUGACAACCGCUUGAAGCAGCCGUAGAAGUGUUCAUUGGCUCUCAAUAUAAGCUGUUGCGAUUUCGUAUUUUUUGUUUUUGUUUUCUUACUUUUUUUAACCGGAGCCACACAUAUCUUUCUCCCCUAUAUCUUGAUUUCUGAGCUUUAUUAUUAGUAUUUUCAUCUUUUCUCAUUCCGAUCCCUAUCCCUUAAUUCCCCCUUCACCUCUUGCACGUGUCGUCCCUGUCCUGUGUACGAUUUAGCUAUUAUUACUGCAGUUAGAGGUUUCCCCGUGUACGGAUAGCGUUGCAAUGCCUGGGACUUAUUCGAGACAUGCCUAAGGGACGCGAUGGGCCAAGGCGACGAGAACGAUCGCAUUGUAAUAAACGUGGGAGGGACCAGACACCAGACUUACCGCAGCACCCUGCGCACUCUGCCGGGCACCCGAUUAGCCUGGCUCGCUGAACCCGAUGCGCACGGCCACUUUGACUAUGAUCCUAAGAUUGACGAGUUCUUCUUUGAUCGGCAUCCAGGCGUGUUUGCACACAUCCUCAACUACUACAGAACCGGCAAGUUACACUGCCCUGCAGAUGUAUGCGGGCCCUUGUAUGAAGAAGAGUUGGCGUUCUGGGGUAUCGAUGAGACGGACGUGGAACCAUGCUGUUGGAUGACCUAUCGACAGCACCGUGAAGCUGAAGAGGCGCUGGAUAGCUUCGGUGGAGGAGCCCUCGACAUGGGCAAUGAGGAGGCUGAUGGGGAUGGCAUGGGGGACUCGGGAGACGGCGACGAGGAGCUGGAAAUGACUAAGAGACUGGCACUGGGGGACUCCCUGGAUGCCAAAUCUGCGGGACUUUGGAGGCGCUGGCAACGGCGCGUAUGGGCACUAUUUGAAGAUCCUUAUUCUUCAAAAUAUGCAAGAUGGGUGGCAUUUGCAUCACUCUUCUUCAUCCUGGUGUCCAUCACCACAUUCUGCCUGGAGACGCACGAGGCCUUCAAUCCGAUCACCAAUCGUACAGAGACGGAUGUGGUGGAAAACGGCACAGUCGACCGUGUAUUCCAGGAGACUGAGACAGUGGUUUACCUAACCUACAUUGAGGGAGUGUGUGUGGUGUGGUUCACCUUCGAGUUCCUCAUGCGCAUCACCUUUUGUCCAGACAAGUUGGAGUUUAUCCGAAACACCCUCAACAUUAUUGACUUUGUGGCUAUCCUGCCCUUCUACCUGGAGGUGGGACUGAGUGGCCUGUCUUCCAAAGCUGCCAAGGAUGUGUUGGGGUUCCUGCGUGUUGUGCGAUUUGUGCGUAUUCUACGCAUCUUCAAGCUUACGCGCCACUUUGUGGGCCUACGAGUGUUGGGCCACACCCUGCGGGCCAGCACCAAUGAGUUCUUGCUUCUCAUCAUCUUCCUGGCCCUGGGAGUGCUCAUUUUCGCCACCAUGAUUUACUAUGCUGAGCGUAUUGGGGCCAAGCCUAAUGAUCCACGAGCCAGUGAGCACACGCACUUCAAGAACAUCCCCAUUGGGUUCUGGUGGGCUGUGGUGACCAUGACCACUCUAGGCUAUGGGGACAUGUACCCCCAGACGUGGUCAGGAAUGCUGGUGGGUGCCCUGUGUGCCCUUGCCGGAGUGUUGACCAUUGCCAUGCCUGUUCCUGUCAUUGUUAACAACUUUGGAAUGUACUACUCAUUGGCAAUGGCUAAACAGAAGCUACCAAAGAAAAAAAACAAGCAUAUCCCACGGGCCCCUCAGCUUGGCUCCCCUAAUUACUGUAAGUCGGGUGUAAACUCGCCACAUCACAGCACACAGAGCGACACGUGCCCCCUGGCACAAGAAGAGAUAUUAGAAAUAAACAGAGCAGAUUCCAAAGUGAAUGGGGAGGCAGCUAAGGCGGCGUUGGCCAAUGAAGAUUGUCCUCAUAUAGACCAGGCCAUGUCGCCUGAGGACGGCCAGAUCUUUAGCCCAAGCGACAGAAGUGAACAGCCCUGCUUCCUCGUAGCCACGGGUGAGAGGCGAGGCCACACAGGGGGAAGAGUGAGGAAGGAGACCCAUCGACUGGGCCGGCGCAGACAACCCACAGAAUCAGUAUGUGUCAUGAACCAUGGUGUCCCAACCACAAUGUGUCUGAAUCAUAAAGCCCCCUCCCCAACCUGAUAACGCUGUAGUCUGUUUGUGUACAUAGAUGAGCGCCAUGGAGAGAGCAUGGGCAAAGAUGACAGCCAUGCCACGAGCUCAGCGUAGAUGUUGCACAGAAGAAGCUUUGUUGUCCUGCCUUGUGUACUUGUGUGCUCUGUAACUGUUGUUAUAGUUGGUGUAAUGUGUGUUUGUGUGUGUGUGUGUGUGUGUGCGCGCGUGUGUAUGUGUGUCAGUGUUGUAAAUAUGCUUCUUUUGUGUUUGUGUUGCCCAGCCCCAUGUGACUCCUUAAAAGACUGACUAUCCACGAUUUUUACAUGUCUGUAAAUAAGUCACUUAUGUCUUUUACCCUCUGCAGUGAUAAUGAUGACCAAAUAUUCCCAAAUUGUGUUUAGCCAGGGGAAAACAUAUUAGACAUAUUGAUGUAUUUUUUUCUUUGUACUGUGAUUGACACAUCUGGGUUGCCUUAGGCUGUGUUUGCACCUGUGGACUUUUACAUUCCUUUCAGUAGAUUGGAGGUUUCUGAUACGUUUCCUACUUCCUUCUGUUUGAAGAGGUAAAGACUCUGUUUCUGCCAUAAACUGGGACAGUAUCCAUCCACACAAGUAGAGUCCACCACUGUUCUCGUACUGCAUAUUCUCAAAAUCAAAUUAGGGCAUAAUCUAUAUAAAAUAGUACUUUUAAGAGAAUUCAAACUUACAAGGAAGUUGAUUUAGAUCCCAAAUUUCAUAUUUGUCCAUUUGUUUGAUUUGUACCAAUGUAAUACAAACAAGUAUUACAUUGGAAUGAGAACACCACCAAGCUGCCGAUAUUACAUCAGAUAUAAGAUAUUAGGACAUAUUUAAUAAAACACCAAAAAGUGAUUAAAAUUCAAAGAGAUAAAAAUAUAAUCCAGCAUCAAAUGUUUUCCGUGGUCAUAUGUACAAAUAUGAGUAAUCUCAAUGAGCUCACUGCAAUAAGGGGCACAAAUAGAUAAUAUUUUUGCAUUAUAAAACUGUACCAGGAAUAUAUGGGGAUGGAGGUUGUGGAACGCCCAUUCUGGGUGAGCUGGUGUCACUUUACUUUACAUUUUAAUAGUGACAUUUUUACAAUUAAUCUGACUGAAUUAAAAAUAUAUAGGUUAAAUAUAGUAUUGCCUAUUUUACGUCCAGAAACUAGUGAAUUUUGCAUCAAAGGCAUGCAAAUGAAAAAUGUGUUAUUUGUAUUUGUAAAAGAAAUAUGAGUACCAUAGAUCCUACCCAUAAAUUAUAAUAUAGUAAUUAUUCAAUACACAGAAACCAAAACCAAGAGGCCAGCCUCAUGGCCUUCAUGUUGCCAUCAUUAGACUUCCAACAUAAAGUUGCAAAGGGCAUUAGAUCAGGGUUACUUUCUACAAUUUCAACCAAUUUUUAAUCUAAUGGCAUUUAUGUAUUUACAGACCCCCUUCUCUCAAUAGGAAAUGUAUACAAAGAAAUUGGACAGCAAAAGUGUGUUUGGACACACAAGUUCAAAUUGAUGAGGAAUUCUACAGUACUUUUAGCAAUACCAAUGACUGUUUAAUUGAACAAAAAUGAAACAAGAUCCCUGUGUUGGGAAUUUGUUAACUAUUUUUACAAAUUGUUUUGAAUUACCUAAUGUCCUUUGCUGUGAGUGGCAACACUGUAGCUAGCACUUCCCUUAGAGAAGUCAUUUCAGAGUUUUAAAAUAUCCUUAGAUGAAUGAAAUAAUUCUGAUGAACAGUAUACAUAGUGAAAGUUCUAACAAUAUGGAUCAACAGAUCCAUAUAAUAAAUUACCACUGGUUGCUAAUUUAUUCAGCAAGAAUUCACUUGACCUCUAUACUGGUAUGGAUCCUCUGUGAUACUUCACAGCCUUUUAGUAGUUUUAUGCCAAAUUAUGUCUAUGUCGCCUCGUAGUGAUUAAAUAAUUGAAAACUGUUCUCUUUUUAAGAUCACAAGUUUUCGAGGAAGAACCACAUUUCAAUUUACAGUAGAGAAAAACAUUUGCAUUCCAUUAAAGCAGUAUACUAUUUGACAUAAUUUAAUCUUCAGCAACUCAACCCACUGACUGACUCAAUAGUGAGCAUGUUUCUGAAAUGAAACUACAUUAAAAGCAUCAAAGUUGGUUUUUAUUCAAUUGGAAACCCCAACAGAAGAUUCUGAGGAUUCAAAUGUUUUAUUUAGUUUAAGAAUCAGUGGAUGGCAGGUCAUACAAGAACACAGAUGAAUAUAUUUUAUGGAAUAUCAUAUACGUUUCAAUUUAUUUCUAUAGCUAUCAGUUUAGAAAUCUGACACACACUGUUUUGUACAGCGCCUCUAAAGGGACAGAGAUCCUGCAAAUAUAUAUAUAUACAUAGAUAUAUAACAGCACAUAUGUACAUAUUGUCACGGUGUCAUAAUUUCCUGAGGAACUGUAAACAUGGAGGAGCAGAUUACAUUACAUUACAGGCAUUUAGCAGAUGCUCUUAUCCAGAGCGACUUACACGACAUUUUUACAUAGCAUUUUUACAUUGUAUCCAUUUAUACAGCUGGAUAUAUACUGAAGCAAUUUCGGUUAAGUACCUUGCUCAAGGGUACAACGGCAGUGUCCUACCUGGGAUUCGAACCUACGACCUUUCGGUUACAAGUCCAGUUCCUUACCCACUGUGCUACACUCCGUCCGUAUAUGCUUGUGUUUUGUUUUGAAUUUGGCUAUAAAUAUAAAGUUGUUCACUAUCAGACUAUUUUGAAAACAUACAGCCUAUGCUAUGUCCACAUACAUAAUUAAUACAUAGAUAAUAUGUAUUUAAUACUCUUCUGUGUGCAUAUUGGCUAGCGAGAGCUAGUUUGACUAUUCUGAAUAUGUAUGACCUGGCUAUACUCAUUCCUCUGUCACACACAGGAGUAAAUAAAUUCAGUGCAUGUAUUUAGUAAAAGAUGCAAGCUAACUGUCUCUCUCUUGCUUGUUACCAAUGCAUCUAUCUCUCUACCUAGCUAGCUACUAAUCUAAGAUACAUGUAGAUACCGAGAGAGAGAGAUAGCUGUGGCUAGCUAGAUAUAGCUCACAAAUAGAUUGCACAGGAACGAAUACAAAUGCAUAUUCCUAGCUAUAGCCUCUGACAUGGUUAGCAUGAUUUAUGAUGGGGUUGCCAGACUGGGGAAUUUAAAUGUCGGAGAUUAAAAAAAUUAUUGGCGGGAAGUUUUACAAUAAAAAUGUUUGGGGGUCAAUGACAGAUAGGGGAUUUAAAAAUGGGUAUGAGUGAGAAAUUGUGAGAAAUUUGUAUUGUAUUGAGUCAAUUGAAGAUGGGGAUUUUGUCAAGUUUUUUUUUGGGGGGGGGGGGGUGGCGGGGGGAGGGAAUUAAUUAUGGCAUCUGGCACCAUUGGUUGUUGAACUGCUGGUUGCUUCCUGGAACGCUCAUAGUUUUGUGAUUCCAGCUACUCGUUUUUUACUGUGAACUUGGCUUUAAAUAAAAAGAUGUUAGCUAGCUAGACAGUAAUCGAACAGUUUCAUUUCGAACAAUCAAUUGAACAGGUAACAAUAAAAAUAAUAUUAUGGAUCAGUACUGUUAGCUGUGCUGUUACAUCAUACAGUCUCAUAGCACUUGCUUCAUAUACGUUUGAACACCACUGCUGUGAAGUUAAAACAGUUAAUAAACUUUGAUUUCUGUUAGAAAUGUGUUGUUGCGCUCACAUGCACACACUGCUGUCUACGUUCUAAAGCUCCAUUUUGCCCUUCCUAAAGCUAGUUUUAACAACUAACAUUCGGAAAUUAAAGCAUUGCUAUUUUGAUCCAGCACUCAAACUUUUGCUUAGCAUUGUAUAAAUUAUUCAGCUGGGGUUUGCAACAUUAGCCACUUAGCAUGGCAAGAACUAGAUAACAUUAGCUGGCCUAGUUAGGAACCCAUCUGAUUAAGAACCUAUUGCCUGCUAGCUGGCCGACAGCUAGUACAUUAGCAUUUUCUGCUUUGAAGUUUUGGUCUUCAUGGCUGUCGACUGCCAGUACAUUGACAGGAGUGCUGCAACGCAUUUUAAACAAAGGUGUUCUUAACUAUCUAGUGAACACGCUGAGUGGCUAAUGUUGCAAUUGCCAGCUAAAUAAUUGAUAAAAAGUUAGGCAAAUUAGAAUUCUGGAUCAAAGUAACGACUCUUCCUUCUGUCAUCAUUUAAGCAGACAGGCCGAGUGCAGCUCAUCAACCAUGCUAAUUCUGGCAGAAGCUGUGCAUUUAUUUACGCGUGUGUAUAUUAAUAUUAGCCAGCAAAAGAUACAGCCAGCAACUUGCAAGGUAGAAGCAAGUUGGCUAGCAAGACAGACAGACGAACAGAGAUCUAUGUAGCUCUAUUGCUAGCUAGCAAUACAUAGCGUCAACUAGCUAUACACAGCAUAUACUUACUGCUGUGUGUGACAAAGGAACGACUGAGUGUAGGCUAUAUGUAUGGUCCAGCUAAGAUUUUCAUAUUUUAAAUCAUGUUCAAAGCAAAACACAGGCAGCUGCUCCUCCAUGUGUACAGUUUCCCAGGUAAUUAUGACCCUGUGACAAUGACCCAGAAGUACGUAUGUGCUGUUACUUAUACACUUGCUUGUGAGAUCUCGCAAAAGUUAAGCAAGUAAAAUUUUUCUCAUGUCCCUUUAGGGGCUCUGUAGUUUCAUCCAGCAAAAAACACAUGAAUUUAAUGUCUGUCUAUUCCUGGUCCAUCCCUAACUUUUCACAGAUUGUAUCAACUUGUUACUGAUGUAUGAGAAAUGUGAAUGUGAGAUUGUAAACAUUGGGUAUUUAUAAGUAUCUUUUCGAGAUACAAAACACCACAAGAUAAUUGUAUAAAUCUGAUUGAAGUGAGAUAAUCAUAAAUUUAAGAUAAUACUUGCUAACAAAUACUAGCUAAUAUUGACUAGCAAGCAAGCAUAUGCAUUAUUAUUUUGAUAAUCACGUCUCUACACAGGUGAAAGACUAUUCUCUGAUGUGACCAGAUAAAAUAUAAUGACCCUUUAUACAGUGCCGUUAAAAAAAAAAAGUAUUCGCCCCUUUCCUAAUUUACAAUUUCUGUACAAUUUGCAUGUAUAAUUCUAAUUUUACAAUGAGACCAUGCCUGAAUAUAUGCCUUAAUUUCUUAAUUUGAGGAAAAAUAAAAUCAGUAUAAAAGGUACAGCACCAGUAGCAGGGCUAUGAGGCCUGUACCUGACUACAUGAACUCCAGGUUAAAAAAAUUAUGAAUGCAAAUGUGUGAAUGCAUUUAAUGACAAUUUAGUAUACAGCUCACAACCAGUACAAAAGUGUCCUAAUGAUUCACCUGUGGUAUCUGAUAUGGGGUGGUUCACACGCUCAGUAUGCUGAAUCAGUCUGAUGCAUUCCACUGAAAAUAUGAAGCUUCCUGAGUCCUAAAUACUCAGAAAAAGGUUUCAUGGUUUGAGACAGGAUCUAUUCACUAACAUCUUGGACAUUAGCUAAAAAAGAAAACGUUAAGCUCUGUGUUCAAAUGAAUGUGGUAAAAGAAAACACAUUUGAGUUCUUGAUUUUCUUGAAUACUUUCCUUUUCUUGAAUUUGCCAGGAACUGUUCACCAGUUUGCCUCUUUAGUUCUGGACCAAAAUUGCAAUAAAACCAGAUACACUGCCACAUGAGGUAAAGCAUGGAGCACAAUGGAGCGCAUAUGCACAGGGGGAGACAUUCCCAUUUUUAUGGUGUCCAUUUUAGGACAGCGUCAUACUUAUGUUUCAACAACAAAAAACCGCAGCAGACUAAUACUCGUUAUUAGUAAUUAGUUAUUACUAAUAAUAAUAACUAGGGUUGGGCGGUAUGGGCAAAAUACCUUAUAUUUUUCAUAUUGAUGGUAUGGCAGUAUUUGAUCGUAUAUGGUUUUCCAAUACAAAUUCCACAAAAAACUGAAAUAUACUGUAACUAUAAAAAAUAAGAAUCGAAAUGCGGUAAUAAUAAUUUUCAUUAUUUAAGAAUAUAAGAAUAUAAGAAUUGGCUAGUAAACAUUAAAACCCCUAAUAUGCAACCUGAAAAUGUUCAGCUACAAUACAACAAAUUCAAGAAAAAUAAAAAGAUUUGAAAUUAUAUAGGCUGACUAGAUCAGCUUUUUUCCCCAAGACUUUUCUUUUUGGAACCAAAAAUAUCCAUCCAGAAUUACUAAAUUCCUAAAAAUGUGCAGUUAAGUUUUGCUGGUUUCGUAAACUGAGUAUAGAAACAAAAAAGAGGCCUACUAUUAUGUGAACAUGAACAUUAUGCACCCCCCUGCCCCUUUCCCCUUUUUUGAAUACCAAUAUAUGGUCAUCGUAAAUGAAAUUUAAAAAAAAAACAAUAAACAAUUUCAGCAAUAUUGAGUGAUAAUAUCGUCAAAAAUUUUUUUAA